AUGGACGGCUCACAAACGCAAGUGUCAACACAAAGGAAGGAUGACCCUCGACGGUUUGGACGAAACAACUCAGGCCUGGUGGAGGGAGACAUUUCUGAUGUAAUCUGCAUUCUCCAUCCUGCCUCUAUGGCUGCCUAUAGGAUUGUUGCUUCUACAGCUCAACAUGCGCCGGAACAUGUGCUACAGAACCAAUCACUUAUUUCCAAAGAUGGAUCUCCAGUGCCGUUAGAAGAGCAAGAAACGUUCAAGCUUGAGAACCCAGGGGAUACUUCGCAUUUCGGGCUCGACUUGGCACUACGUUUCUCGACUAAGACUAAGGAGCCAUGGUCGGGCUUCGUCUUUGGAAGGAACGCCCAUUUUUGUGAUGUAGUCAUGAGCGUUGACUCUGUCAAACGUGUUAGCAACAGACACUUCCGCAUUUUCGUCAAAGACACUGGGAUUGUUAUGUUAGAGGAUACGUCAACCAAUGGGACCAUGAUUGACGAUAUCCACCUGAAAGGCAAAUCAAAAUCGUCUAGGGGUACAGCGACGCGCAUGUUGACGCCAGGUGCCAUCAUUCACAUUGUUUCAACUAAGCCAGAUGAAUAUAUUAAGUUCAUCGUGCGACUUCCUUCAAGAGAAGGUUACAAAGCGGAGUUUGAACAGAAUCUUCGAAAUUACAGACAAGCAUGUCGUCUUGCUGAGGUGAAGCAUCUGGGCACCCCACUACCAGAAGGUGUUGACGAGGCGCCGGAAACCUUCGGAAUGCACUGGAACGGCGACAAGAAGUACAAUGUGGUAGGCCAGCUUGGUAAAGGUGCUUUUGCGACUGUAUAUCUAUUGGCAACCGCGCUUGACGGCAAUCUGGUAGCUGCUAAGGAACUCGAGAAGCGAAGAUUUAUCAAAAAUGGGCAGAUUGAUCAACGGCUUGAUAAUGAAAUGCGCAUCAUGCAAGACCUUCGCCAUCCGAACAUAGUGCAAUAUAUUGACUAUCACGACUUCGACAAAUACCUAUAUAUCAUCAUGGAAUACGUACCUCAUGGAGAUCUCCAAGGCUAUUUGGCUGAGCACAAGGUCUUACCAGAAUAUCGGGCAAAGCAGAUGGCGCGCCAGAUUCUCCAAGCUCUUCACUAUCUACAUCAGAGAGACAUCACACAUCGCGACAUAAAACCGGACAAUAUUCUCAUUGCUAGUUUUGAUCCAUUCGAGGUCAAACUCACGGAUUUUGGUCUGUCCAAGGUCGUGAAGGACGACACAACCUUCCUGAAGACAUUCUGUGGCACCUUGCUAUACUGCGCUCCGGAAGUUUUUCCAUUCUUCAAGGAUACGCAAAGCUCCAAAAGACGUCGACCUGGAGGGCAUGGCCGGAAGCCAUUCCACUCCUACAGUCAAUCCGUAGAUAUUUGGUCCUUCGCAGCCGUUCUCUGGUUCGCUUUAUGCGGACAGCCUCCUUUUAAGGGUAUCACUGACACCAAUGGCAAAGGAAUGUUCAACCAGAUUACGACAACUGACCUGGACGAUACUCCUCUACGACAAGAAGUGGUUUCUGAUGACGCUAUUGAUCUGCUACAUCGAAUGUUGGAUACUGACCCAUCGAGACGACUCACAGAGGUGGAUUGUCUCAAACACCCGUGGUUAAAUGAUGGCAGCGUCAUAUUAGACAAUUCUAGUCUUGGUGUCAUUCAAGAAGAAGAGGUGGAUUCGGACGUUGAAGAAGGACUUGAGCACACGUGGGACCCAGCAAGCGCAGGCGCAGAGCAAGAAUUCUCUCAGAUGAGUCUAGGUGCGCAACAUCAAGGUUUCGACGAUGAAUAUGAGCCGAAUCCAUUGGACUCACCAGAGUUCAAAGCGAUGGUCACUAGGCCGUAUCCGUCUAAAAGAUUUAAGUCUGAUCCUCUAUUUCCACGAAAUCAGACUCGCGAUCUCGAUAUGGAGGACAUGAGAGACGACUCUUCAGAUUCGAUACAUGGUCCUACGGCUGGCGAUAGUCAGACUCUACCGGAUCCACAAGCACGACAAGUCGACCGUAAUCCUCGCUUGUUUGGCGAAAUAGGUGGCUCUGCUUUACAUAGCUCUGGAGUCUUGAAUGCCAGAACCCACCAAGCCUUAGACCUACGAGAUGCUUCAACAUCCACAGACGAUUCUGAGUUUGUUGAUCUCAACAUGUCAAGAAGCUAUGACCUGGCCUCCCCAACAGGACUUAGCUUGGAGGGCACUGACUCACGCUUCCGCGAUAUGGAGUUGAUACAGGACCAGGCUGCACCAUCACUUCAUACAUUUUCGGAAGGCACCAAUGGAGUCCAUUCACCGCAUACACCCAAUGUUCCUCCCUCAACUGUAACUAAUUUGAGUGGUAGCAGCGGAAAAGAGGAAGAGACUCCCAAGGCAACAGCGCAACCCUUCAAUCGUCGAGCUGAGAUUCCGAUCAGUGCCUCAUCCUUUUUUGAUCCUCACGAUCCUUCGACUCACAACGUUGAAUACGCUUCAAGGGUUAGUGGAAUUGAUUUCUCUCAGCAACCACACGCCUACGUGACAUCCCGAAACGCAGCAAUAGCCCUAGCGAACAACCCUAUCACGCCAAAAGAUCUCCCCUCAUCACAGAGUGCUCCAGGGACGGACUCAGCAGAAUCAUCAUCGCAAUUCGUCCGCCCGAAUACUCGUCUUGGACGCCUCACUAGUAUUGACUCCAUCGCCAAUAUUACAAUUAACCUAGAUAGCCCCUAUACCUCCUUUGGCCGCUGGCCAGAAUGCUCAGUGCAAUAUCGUCCGGUCGACGAUAGUCGUGUGCCUAAGAAGGCGUUCGAAAUAUGGUUUCAUCACCCAGAAAUAAAAGAGUAUCUGGAGAACGGACAAGAUUUCACACAGCUAGAGGGUCUACACACAGGAAUCACAACGUGGAGCUCGCAGGGCAUCUGGAUCAAUGGUGUCCAUCUGACCAAACUUGAUAAGAAUGGUCGAACCAACUUCGGGCGCAUUCACACGGGUGACAUUAUCACUGUGUUCAAGAAUCCUGAGACCAAGAUGAAACUGCAGUUCAAGGUGGAACUUUUCAAGGGCGAGGGUGCGAAGGUCAGAACCAAUCGACGCGAAUUCUUUAUUCAGAGGACAUUCUGA